GCAGCCAGGGCUGGACACACGUGCGCGCCGUGGCCGCCUGUUCGCCGUUGAGCCCCACGCUCUCAUAAUCCCGCUCGCCGCCUCGCGUGGGCCCUCGGCUCCUUCCCACUGCCAGCGGGCGGAGGAGCCUCUUACGCUGCAGGAGCUGGGCGGAGGAGGGCUUGGGCCUGGCUGCGCAGCGCUGUUGUCGCUGAGCAUCGGGCGUCGCCCGCAGAGAACGGCGCGGAACCUCCCAGAGCUGUCCGCAUCCCGCAUCCCUCGGCCACGGUGGCCGGAGCAGCACGGCAGGCGCAGGACCGGCGCGCCCCGGUGUCAGCCAUGUUUGGGACAACUUGAUUUACUUAUUGAUCCAUUCAGAUGCACAGAAGACAAAAUGUCUAACUUUCAAUACUUGGUUUUUGUAACUUAACUUCAGUUCUUGAAUUAAUUAAGAUACUUUCAUAUCCUCUCCCAUCUCAGAAGUGUGAGAUAAAAUUUUAUAAUAAAAUCAUGGUCGUGUUGUGGCUUGUAUGGUUAAUUUAGAAAAUAGAGAUUUUGUUUCACAUUGCUAACAGUUAUGACUAUCACACUUUACCAGUUAACAGUCGGUACCUUCAGAAUUGCUAGCAUUACUUCAUGCAACUUCAGCUGGAAGAGUGGUAGCUACUACAUUUGAUCCUUCAAUAAAUCUAUCAGUAUAAGUGAUAAUUUUCUUCAGCUGAAUAGGAAAUUACAGAGAGCAUGCCCUGCAAUUCUGUUAAGUAUUUCAGUGAGGUUGAUUUGUGAGAAGAAAAUACUGAGACACCCGUGAAAGCUGGUGAUAAACCACUGUGGGACCAAUAAAGUUCAGGGAUUGCAUGCAAUGAAAAGGAAAAAAUGGUGUUCAUGAGGUCUAGGUUGCAACCUUCUCUCUCAGAUAUUUCUCUUCACCCAGUGAUGUUGAAGAAACUGAACAAUUCUGAGAAGGAAAUCUUACUUUUCUUGUUAAGAUAUUGUAUUCUUCUUCUGACUGUAGAGAACACUUUCCAGUAACUGGAGGAGACUAGUCUGGAAAAGAAAUUGUUGCCAAAUUCUUGAUGCGCAACAGGAAGAACAUUUUGUAGGAACUGAGAACAAAUUUCCCAGUGAUACUAAGCAGACCCAGUGUCACUGAAGUCUGUAACUAUACAUACUUAUAUCAGGUCUGAAUUUAAUCUUGUGUAUUUAAAUACUUUUGCUAUAAUCUAAAUGAUUUGACUUCAUGGACAACAGAAACAAACAAACAAAAAAGUGUGUUAUACAUUAGCAUGUCUCAGAAUUACUAUAGAAUGCAGAUAAAUGUAAGUUUCAUUCUACAGAAUAUAGUUAUCUUUCACCAUGAUUGAGUUAGAUACCCUUUGAAUCUGAAUCUACUGCUAAUGAGCUGCAUUAAACCAGAUAGGACAAAGUGUUAGAUCAUGUAAUUCAUAGUGAAGAGCAGAAUAAUGACUCCUGGAGUAGAUAGAUAAAAUUGACUUGACUAGGCAAAAAGACUGUGGUGCAUAUUCUUGUUUCCACCAGAAGUCACAAUGUUGCAUUGUAACUCUGAUUCAGUUUGCUAAGUGCAUACUAUAACCUGGUGUAACUCUUGCUGAAAUAAUUAUCUGUUCACAGAUUCUCCAGCAAUUAGAAUUCUUCAUGAGUUCAGUACUCCCACAAAAGCUGCUUUGUUCGUGUAGUAUUCUUUUUCUCUCAGUUAAGUGUUAUCAUCAGCUAUUACCCCCAUCCUGUUGGCACCAGUUACCUGAUUCCUUAUUGUGGACUUGCAGCAGUCUUUGGCUCCUAAAACUUAGUCUUUCAUUUUCUGUAUUGGUUGUAGACUUCAUAUUUACAGUGCAUUUUGUGUUUCAUCUUCAUCACUUUUGCAUGUAGUUCUCAUCCAUUAAAUUUGAUGUGUGUUUUAGUCAAGAUCUUUUCUGAAUUUCUGCUGUGUUAAGAAUCCUGACUUUUUGUUCUAUGUCCUCUGCUGAAUCAUGCUGGUCAGGGUGGAGAUUUAGUCAACAGGCAGCUUUGCUGAGCUGGUGCACUAUGCUCUCACAGUCUACACUAAAAUCAGAGAUUAAAGUAACAUGAACUUUUUGCAGCUCUAUAUUGCAUUUUGCCACCCGCAGGGUAGCAUGUUAGUAUGUUGACUGCUUCAUUAGAGAUUAAUGAGCUCUGAAGAAAUGAGCAUUAAUAUUUUUCUCCCUUACUUUAAUGGCAAACACGGAACUUUAUCCAUUCUUUCCUUUUCCCAAUUUUUAUGAUGUUAGAGCAGCAUAUUAUAACUUCUGAAAGUUAGUUUGUAUGAGCAUUCUUGAUAUUCUUUUAUGAAGUACAGACACUUUUUUUCCUUCUUCUAGCUUAGACAAAGAUCAAAACCAUUUUUUUUUUUAUCAAAGAAGAUUUGAGGAUUAUUUGACAUUUGUUAAAAUCUGAGUGUAGAUAAUUCUACUGAGUUGCUACAUUUUGAUUACAGAUAACCCUACUACAGUUCCUUUACUAGAGAAUACAUUUAAGAAAGAUUAGGAGAAAAUAUUAUGAAGCGGAAUGUUUCUGAGUGGAUCUUUUUGUGCUUUAGGUGACAAACUUGUCUCAAGUCCUACUGCAAAUGCCUGCAGUUUGGUCAGCUGAGUCUGCCUUUCUUAUCUCCCUGAGUCAGUGUAACAAAACUUGGAUUUGAACCUGAAUUAAAAGUUGCGUAGAGAGCUCAGAUCUGCUAAGGAGCUAAUUUGGGUCUGAAUUUUGUAUUGCAAGGGAUCAUUGUUGCUUAAUCCGAUAAUAGUAUGGCAUUCUAAUCAGGUUGCUUUCCCUCUGCAUGCUGGUGUGUUAGGGCUUGAUGCUUUUUCCAUGAAUAAAAAUAACAAAAUUCCCACUGUGUUAGAAGGAAAGCCUGGUUCUACAGUUUUCUAGAUGUGGCAGAAAAACUUUUUUAUCUUCCAGUGCCAGAAAGAAGUAUAAAUUUUAACAUAUCAAGGCCAAUACUAGUAAGACAUCUUAAAUAUCUAGUUAGGUUAAUUUAGCAACUUAUUUCCAAAAACUUUGUUUAUGCCAACUCAGAUUUUGAACCCUGGUAAUCUUCAGCAAUUUCUGUUCUGUUAAAUUCCUCCAAACAGUAGAGGUGAUUGUCAGGUCAAUUUAAGAUUAACUUUAGGAUUUUAAAGUGGUAUUUUACAUGAGAAAAAGAAUAGUAUCUUUCUUUGCUGCUUUAAGUUGUGGAAAAGUCCAGAGGAAAAUGAUUCUCUCCAGUACAUAUGAUUAAAAGUUACUUUCAGUGUUUUCAUUUGAUGCAUGAGAUCAGUUAAGUUAUGAAAAGGAUGAGUUAUACUGCUCAGAAACAAGAAUGAAAUCAGCUAUCUAAUUCCAUGAGGUUGAUCUAAAAUAGGGGGAAAAAAAAGAAAAAAAAAAAAGAAAAAAAAAGCAACAACAAAAAAUAUAUUUAAUAAAGCUAAGUUGUGCUGUAUUUUUGACAUUUUACUUUUAAAUCCACUGUGCUGGUAAUGGUGUCGUAUAGUAAUAUUUUGCCAUACAUGGCAAGAUUUAAGACUUAGAGCUUAAAAUGAUGACAGUAAUGCCCAGGUCUGAUACCAAAUUCUGUAGUUUGUUGGUAAAUGUGAUGGUUUUAUUUAUCUUAGGAGAGUACUGUAGACAUACUUAGGGGAAACAGUCUGUGAUGCUUUAUUACUACACAAGUUUAUAUAGAAGAUAGCUAGAAGUGGAAUUCAAAGAACAGUUUAACAGAAUUUGGCUUUAUGUUUCUUAAUUAUUUCUUGAUUAUAAUGAAGAACUCCAGCUGUGUACUUGACAAGAGCCAAGUUAUUUGGGAACCUAAAAUAGUAUUUUAUAGGUAGGAAUUGUAUCGUACAAAAUAAAGCUUGUUCAGUGAUUCCUGUUUAUGCAGCUCUGCCAGUGAGUGAUUUUUAUCCGGUAUCUUCUAAUUCAGCCUGGGAACAUUCAUAUCUGUACUCUGCUUGGGCUGAGCAGUUUGGAGUUUACUUUCUGUGCAGGUUGAUGAGAGAAAGAGGGUUUUGUGCAAGUCUCUUGUAUUGUGCUCUGAGAGGGCCCAACACAACAUCACAGCCCUUGAAUGAAUCAACCGAGACCACAUUUUGACAAAGUGCACCUGAUGGUAAUGUCUGCUGAGGUAUGACUGUGUUUGGUUUAGUGCAAACUUUUAGCACAGAAAACAAGUUGUAAAGUCUGAAUCCACCUGUGGAUUUGUGAUGUAUCCUGAAGGACUUUAGCAGUGUACUCUGAUGCAGUCUAGCUAAUGAUACAUAUUCAGUUAGCAAACCAGAACUGUUGAAAACAAACAGUGUUACACCAGCCUGCUGAGCAUCCCUCCAGCAUUUUCUUAGGUAUUGCAAACCUGUACUAUGAAAUUACUAUUGAUAACAGCCUGCUUAGUGGAAGGUUAAUGAAAGGGAACUUAGUAUGAUAUUGUGCUAGGAAUAACAAUAUCAAGCCCAGUGUAUUUUAGAGUGUAGCAAUGCAGUGUUUAAUGCAUGAGAGGACAGGCAGAAUGAUGCAAUUUCUGUUGGCAUUGACUCAUCUGGGAGAGCAGCAGAUAAAUCAUACUGCUACCCUGCAAAUUAUUAUAUCUAAAGUACGUGUAUAGAUGUGACCUUUUAAAAUAUUUUAAUAAAUACUGAUAAAUGGCUUUGUUUCUUACAAUUCAAAAAGGAUUACAGACAUACAGACAAAUUUUAAUGUAGAUUCACUUCUGCAACUUUCAUAUCAAGAACAGAGAUAAAGUUUUUUCAUUUGAACUUUUUACUCCUCAGUGUUGUUACUAAUUAAUGGAACUGAGAAGCUGCAUUAAUUUACAUCAGUGAAAUGAAACGAGAAGUUUGGAAAGUGAAUAGAAGUAGCAGUUGGAAGUAACCGAUGCUGUGGUUUGUAAUCUCAGAGCUCAAUUAGGAUUGUAUAAAUGCUUCAACUGACAUAUUAUUGGUGUUUGCAUCCUGUGUCUACCUAAACAUCAGUCACAGCUAUAGCUGCUGAAGAUUGACUAGAGUAGGAUACAGUUUUUUGAAGAGUUUGCAACCUAAAAGGUGACGUAGAUAAAGUUGCUUUUCCCAUUACACUGUUCUGUACUCUCCUACUCUGACACUUAUUUAUUUAUUUUCAGGAGCUAGUUUCAGACAAAACAAAGCCUGCUACUAGCUCCACCACAUGUUAGAAGGAAGAUUUAUAGGACCUUGAACCCUACCAGCAUCAGUGGUGAGCUGUGAAGCAGAUCACAAACCAGCCCAACUUUGCUUGAAAAAUGUAGGAUGUGUGCCCAUAGGUGAAGUUGGUGAGAAGAGAUAGUGACAGAGGGAGAGGGAAGGUGAGAAGGCAGUGACUAGAAUGUAGGGAAUGAAUGGAAGGGGAUUACAAUGGAGUUCAGUAGGUGACUGGAGUGAAGUUCAGCUUCAAAAUCCCAGGAAACUAUCAAAAAGUUAAUUAUCCUGUCAGACCUAAGGUUGAUAAUAGCACUCAUGCUCACAGAAGUUUUAGUGCUGUUUUUGUGAGUGUCUCCUGGAUAAGCUGUGGGCUGCAUUCCAGUGGCUUAACUUCUUUCUUUGUGACCUGUCACUCGGCACUGGAGCACUCUUGAAGUCUCAAUUAUUGUGCUGUCAGUCCAAUCAUACUAUGAACAGUUCUCAGCUCUACGUGAGUUCCACACAGUAUAGUACAAUCUUUGCCUUAUGGGCCAGAUAUUGUAGCAAGUUCAUAUGCAAAAAUCAGGAAGUUUUCAUGUAUCCUCUAGAAACUUCUGAUUCUCAUCAGUCAGGAGUUUUGAUUAGACUCCUUGUGGAAAUCUAGUCCUGCUUUAGGGUUUUCAAGAAGCUUAACACAUAAUCUAAAUCCCUUUUAAGACUCUUAAUUGUCCAGAUGGUUUUGUACAUAUCAAUUUUGUCCCACGUGAAUAGAAGAGAAUUUCUGAAUUUCUUGAAAAAAAAUUCCUGCCCAAAUUCCUACCUUCAGCAUGGCAACUGCAAGGAAGUCCAUCAGUCCUUAUAAAUGAUUCAUUGUGUUAAUGAAAAACAUAUACUUAAAUGCAAGUUUUUUGCUUUUUGUUUUUCUCUGUACAUGGACAUUUGAAACAGUGGGCUUUUUCAAUGGGUUUGGUAACAGUUUCUCAAAUGUUUUAUAUAUGUUUAGUUGCUUCCUUUUUUCCAAGAAAGUAUCUAAAGCAUUAAAGCUCAGAAGAGAUGAAGCUCUCUCCUUUGAAAAUAUGAUUGUGAUUAUGUAUUCCUAAAUGAAGAAUAAAUAAGUCUCCCUUGCUUUUGAAGUGCUGAGUUUGUCCAAUACAUCAACAUCUUAAUUGCUGUAUGACUUUCAGAAAUGGUCCCCAAACAUUAAUCUACUUUGUUUAAAUUGUAUUUUUAAUAAACUCAACAGUUCCCGUAGAGCUUCUAAGUCAGGAAAGAAUGGAGCUGGUCUCCUAAAUUGUAUGCAAAGUGCAUGCCCUGUUAUGUCUAGUAAGAAGAAUCUGAUUAUGCUUCCAGACUGAAAUACAAGCAAUUAGGCUAUCAGUCUUUAGGAAACAGAUGAAAAGACAAUUGUAAAACAAACAAACAAACAAACCCACUUAGCAAGUGAAUGAAAUGCAUUUUAUAUGAAAAUGUAGGACCAAAACGUGAAUUUAUGUCCAACAAUUUGAAAGCAAUUUAAUCUCUCUUUCUUCUCUUUUCUUUCUCUUCUCAGACCUUGCAUAUAAGGCAAAUUGGGUAAACCAGAGCAUAUCAUUACUAAAUUAAGUUCUGCACUGUGUAAUAACUUUUUUUUUCUCCCCCCCCACAGAUACGUUCAGUAGGACAAACAUUCAGAAACAGAGAAGUCCUUACUUUUGAUUCCCUGCUAUCAAGGACUCAGGCAGCAUCUUUAUUCUUUCUCUUCAAAAUUUCUUGCCCAGCAGAGGGAGAUCUUUCUUCAGCACUUCUCCAUCUGUCCCAGACAAACUUCACUUCUGCAUUUUUCUCAUAUUACAAAUGCCUAAAAACAGCAAGGUAGUGAAAAGAGACCUAGAUGAUGAGGUCAUUGAGUCAGUUAAGGAUCUUCUCUCUAAUGAAGACUCUUCAGAUGACGCCUUUAAGAAGAGUGAGCUGAUGGUUGGUGAUCAGGAAGAAAAAGAUGCAGAUGUUGAAGAAGGCUCAGAUGUGGAAGAUGAAAGACCUGCUUGGAAUAGCAAACUCCAGUAUAUUCUGGCACAAGUUGGAUUUUCUGUAGGAUUGGGGAAUGUGUGGCGAUUCCCGUAUCUGUGUCAGAAAAAUGGUGGAGGUGCCUAUCUUGUGCCAUACUUAAUCUUGCUACUGGUCAUAGGUAUUCCACUCUUUUUCUUGGAGCUUUCUGUGGGGCAGAGAAUCCGCCGAGGGAGUAUCGGUGUAUGGAAUUAUAUCAGCCCUAAACUUGGAGGAAUUGGGUUUGCAAGCUGUAUAGUAUGUUUCUUUGUGGCCCUGUACUACAAUGUCAUUAUUGGAUGGAGUCUGUUUUACUUUUCCCAGUCUUUUCAGCAUCCAUUACCAUGGGACCAGUGUCCUCUAGUUAAAAAUGCAUCCCAUACGUUUGUGGAGCCAGAGUGUGAAAAAAGUUCUGCAACAACCUAUUACUGGUACAGAGAAGCACUGAAUAUUUCCAGCUCUCUUUCAGAGAGUGGGGGUUUAAACUGGAAGAUGACUAUCUGCCUGCUGGCUGCCUGGGUCAUGGUAUGCCUCGCCAUGAUCAAAGGCAUUCAGUCUUCUGGCAAAAUCAUGUACUUUAGUUCCCUUUUUCCUUAUGUGGUACUCUUGUGCUUUCUGGUCAGAGGACUGCUCCUUAAUGGAUCAUUGGAUGGAAUUCGUCACAUGCUCACACCUAAGCUUGAAAUAAUGCUGGAGCCCAAGGUCUGGAGAGAAGCUGCUACUCAGGUGUUCUUUGCCUUAGGGCUUGGAUUUGGUGGAGUCAUUGCCUUUUCAAGCUACAACAAGAGAGACAACAACUGCCAUUUUGAUGCUGUACUGGUGUCCUUCAUCAAUUUUUUCACUUCUGUGCUGGCAACCUUGGUGGUGUUUGCAGUUCUGGGCUUCAAAGCCAAUAUCAUAAAUGAGAAAUGUGUUAUCCAAAAUUCAGAGAAGAUUUUAAAACUUUUGAAAACAGGAAAUCUGAGCCAAGAUAUGAUUCCACAUCAUAUCAAUUUCUCAAGCAUUACAGCAGAAGAUUACAAUUUAGUUUAUGACAUUAUUCAGAAAGUUAAAGAAGAAGAGUUUGAAUCUCUUGGCUUGAAAUCUUGUCAAAUUGAAGAUGAGCUUGGCAAGGCUGUUCAGGGAACUGGUUUAGCUUUUAUUGCCUUUACAGAAGCAAUGACCCACUUUCCUGCUUCCCCCUUCUGGUCGGUCAUGUUCUUCCUUAUGUUGGUAAAUUUGGGACUUGGAAGUAUGUUUGGAACCAUUGAAGGCAUCAUCACACCCAUUGUUGAUACUUUCAAAAUUAGGAAAGAAAUUCUUACUGUCAUCUGCUGCUUGGUAGCAUUUUUUAUUGGCCUGAUCUUUGUGCAGCGCUCUGGAAAUUAUUUUGUCACAAUGUUUGAUGACUACUCAGCUACUCUGCCCCUGCUUAUUGUGGUCAUCUUGGAGAACAUUGCAGUUACUCGAAUUUAUGGAAUAGAAAAAUUCAUGGAGGAUCUGAAAGAUAUGCUUGGAUUUUCUCCAAGCCAGUAUUAUUACUACAUGUGGAAGUACAUUUCACCUUUAGUAUUGUUAUGUUUGCUGGUAGCUAGUAUUGUCCAAAUGGGAUUAAGUCCUCCUGGCUACAAUGCAUGGAUUGAAGAUACGGCUACAGAAGAGUUCCAUAGCUAUCCAACAUGGGGAAUGAUGGUCUGUAUAUCUUUGAUGGUAUUAGCCAUACUGCCAGUCCCAAUAGUCUUAAUAGUGCGCCGCUGCAACCUUAUUGAUGACAGCUCUGGUAGCUUGGCAUCUGUAUCCUAUAAAAGAGGCCGGAUAAUAAAAGAGCCUGUUAAUCUGGAGGGAGAUAAUACAAGUCUAAUUCAUGGGAAGAGUCCAAGUGAAGUUCCAUCUCCGAAUUUUGGGAAAAACAUAUAUCGAAAACAGACUGGAUCACCAACUCUAGACACUGCUCCAAAUGGACGCUAUGGUAUUGGAUACUUAAUGGCAGAUAUGCCUGAUAUGCCAGAAUCUGACUUGUAAUUGCAGAAAAAAAAGUACUCUGUUACUCCUCUUGCUGAUCAUGGCUCCCCUAAGAGAGGCGGUCAUAUUCACAUACUAACGUGCAAUCUCAGGUGCUCCAUAGUGACAGUCGUCAAGAUGCUAUGACUGUCUGCACAGGUUGAGAAAACUCCCUGUGGAUUAAUUGUCUGAGUUUCAUUUGCACUGAAGAGAAUAAAUGGAAAAUCAAUGGCAGCCUACAUCUGCCAGUGUAGCUGAGAAUUUGUUUUCUUAAUUAAUUUCUAAAUUUAAAGCAUUCUAUCACUGAAGCCCAUGUCCCACUCAAAUGAUGUAAUAUUCCUGGGCCAAUAUCACUGAAAAAAUAUAUUUUUUUUCUGCUUCCAAAUUAACUCCCCAGUAUUAAAAGUGAGCUCUGAAGAAGUUCACCAAACCCAUGUUUGUGCACACAUUUGUAUAUACGUUAUGUAGAUAUGCUGUACUUAUUUUGUUAGUGACAAUAAUUACCUAGGCUAUUAGCUCAGUAAAAAAACCUGCAAACUAUUUUCUUAUGUAAUAUCUGUAUAGAGCAAUAGUGUUAGAAAAAUCAAGGAGUAGACUUAUGGGAAGACAAGAAAAGAUUCCCUGUUCACUGGGGACUGCAUAAACUGUAUUUGUAUACGAGGGCUGUUAAGAAAGUAAUGCCUUCUAUUUUAUUAUAUUGGCCCAUGAUAUCAGAAGUGGAUGCUGGUGGUGUUGCAGUAGAGGUUGAACCUUCCCACUAGUAAUCCAUUACAUUUAGUUGCCAUGUGACAGAUAGCUGCUGAGGGGCAGUUUAACAAAUGCCAUCUGACAUGGAAGCGCAUAUGAAGCGAAGGUGUGUCACUGAAGUCCUCCAUGGGAAAAAAAUGGCACACAUUGACCUUCAUAAAAGCUUGGUGGACAUUUAUGGAAACCAAACAAUGGAUAUGAGGAGAUGCGCACACUGAGGCUGUGGGUGGUUUGUUUCAGGAAUGGUCUCAGCAAUGUGAAAGGCAAGUCAUGUUCUAGAUGGCCAUCUACAAAUAUCAUACCACAAAAAGAAGAGUGUCUUGAUCAGUACAUCUGUGCAAAUCAACGGAUUACAACCAGGGAACUGUGUAUGGAGCUGAAUACUAGCUCCAAUGCACUGGAAAUGAUAGCGGCAGUAUUGAAAUAUCACAAAGUUUUCACAAGAUAAGUUUUACAAAUUGUCACGGCAGAAAAAAAAAAAAUGAAAUACUGUACUCAAAUUUAUCAGGACCAAGGCUGAAGGUAACAGUAUCUUGGAUCACAUCACUACUGGUGAUGAGAUGUGGAAUCACUAGUAUGAGUUGGAGUCAAAGCAGCAGUCUACGGAACAGUGACAUAUAGAUUCCCCAUCAAAAAAAAAAAAAGAAGUUUAAGACAUAGCCUUCAGCAGGUUAAGUGAUGCACACUGUCUUUUGGUAUGGGAAAGGGGUGAUCCUUCUGGACUUCCUGGAACCCAGAUAAACUAUCAACCCUGACCACUACAUAACGACUCUGACUAACCUGAAGGCUCAAACUCCUAAGGUCAUGCCAGAGAAGAAGUUAACCUUUCUCUUGCAGCAUGAUAAUGCCAUGCCCCGUAACAGUUCGAAUACCAUGAAGUACAUUGCUAGUGUUGAAUGGACUGUCCUACCAUACCUACUGUAUAGUCCAGAUUUGGUGCCUUCUGACUUUCAUCUUUUCAGGCUGAUGAAAGAUGGACUGCACGGGCAACUGUUUCCUAGAAAUGAUGCCAUCAUAGCAGCUGUGAAACAGUGGGCCGUCUUCACUGGUACAGAUUUUAACAAGCAUGGCAUGCAGGCUCUUGUUCAUCACUGGUGAAAAUGCAUAGCUAACAGUGGUGACUAUGUUCAAAAACAGUGUUCUGUAGCUCAGAAUUUGCUCUAUCAGAUAGUGUUAUUCUCUUUGCAUCUGUCAUUUUUUUUCUGUGGAAAUAAAUAGGAGGCAUUACUUUCAGAGCAACCCACGUAUUUUGUGUAAAAUAUUUGUUUUUUCAGUGUGAAAACAAUGUAAGAGUGAGUCACUCCAAGAAUCUUAAGGAUUGUGCAGAUUCUGCAUUUUUUCUAUGCUGUGUGCCUAAGAAAAACCUUGAUAUUUAUUGUGGUUAUGAGAUUACAUAUAUAUUAUAUUUAUAUAAUAUACUUGUAAAUAUGUAUAUUACUCUGUAUGUAAUCAAAAGUUCAAGCAAGAUGGCUUUUUUAAUUAGUCUCCUUCUGAUUUUGCUUGUUUUAUGCCAAUAAUUUUUUUCAGUUAGUAAUUGCUAAGAACUGUAUGCCAUUACAUUUUAACCUAUGAAUAAAGAGAUUGAGAAGGUA